UUUGUCCUAAUCCACACCAGCAGGUGGAGCCGCAGUUAAAGUUUCCGAGUCCAUUCCGGGAGCGGGAGCCCAUCUUGCUCACCGCCGAGGCCCUCGCUGGAGGAGGAGGGUCAGAGCUUGGGUGCAGCCAAUCGCGGGCAACGCUGCUAGUUAUCAGAGCAGAAUGGGCUGUAGUUUAGUGAAAUAGGAAAGCUGCAAAACACUGUGGAGUGCUCCCGUGUAAAUAAAAAGAGGAAAAAAAAGUUUCUCAAGUCGCCGCUGCACGACGUCGGGCAGGCGCUGGGGCGGGGGUCUGCGCUCUCCCGAGCGGCCGCGCGCUGGACUUUAUUGUGCCGCAACAAGCCCCGUUCCCAUUGUUUGUGUUUUUUUCAAAAUAUGGCAAAGGUUCAGGUGAACAAUGUAGUGGUGCUGGAUAACCCUUCUCCUUUCUACAACCCGUUCCAGUUCGAGAUCACCUUCGAGUGCAUCGAGGACCUGUCUGAAGACUUGGAAUGGAAAAUUAUCUAUGUGGGCUCUGCAGAAAGUGAAGAAUACGAUCAAGUUUUAGACUCUGUUUUAGUGGGCCCUGUUCCUGCAGGAAGGCAUAUGUUUGUAUUUCAGGCUGAUGCACCUAAUCCAGGACUCAUUCCAGAUGCAGAUGCAGUAGGUGUAACAGUUGUGCUAAUUACAUGCACCUAUCGGGGUCAAGAAUUUAUUAGAGUUGGCUAUUAUGUAAAUAAUGAAUAUACUGAGACAGAAUUAAGGGAAAAUCCGCCAGUAAAACCAGACUUUUCUAAGCUUCAAAGGAACAUUUUGGCAUCUAAUCCCAGAGUUACAAGAUUCCACAUUAAUUGGGAAGACAACACAGAAAAACUGGAAGAUGCAGAGAGCAGUAAUCCAAAUCUACAAUCACUUCUUUCAACAGAUGCAUUACCUUCAGCAUCAAAGGGAUGGUCCACGUCAGAAAACUCACUAAAUGUCAUGUUAGAAUCCCACAUGGACUGCAUGUGACCAUCUGCCAUCCCUUUAGUACAAAUUAAGCUAUAAAAACAUACAGAACUAUUUCCCUGAAAUUCCGUAAGUACAUAGUCAAGACACAAUGUGAAGAAUUUGUUUAAAAAACAUCCUGUAGAAAGUUUAUAAGAAAACCAGUAUUUGAGCAAAUUGUGGAAUAUAAAUACAACUAUUUUUAAGUAAUUUUUUUCUCUAAUGUGUUAUUUUAUUUGUUCUGAAACUAAUCUGAUUAAAACAUAUAUAUUAUUUUCUUCUCCUCUAUAUGUAAUUAAAGCACUUAUAAAGAAAAAAUAUAAAUCAUUAGACCAGGCUGUAAAGCUUUCUUAGCCUUUUGGACAAUAAUCUUUGGACCACUAUUUUACUGGCCUUCAAGAGAACAAACUUCAAGUAAAAUGUUUCUUCCUGUGAUAGUUUGGUUUAAUGUAAGGGGCAAAUUUCCAUUUUUUUUUUUUGUCAUAUCCUUAAAGAAGGGAUUUGAAGUCAAGUAUAUGCUACCAAGAACUUCAGGACCUGAUUUUCCAGGCCACCUUGAAGCCUCUUAUGGCUGCUAUUACAUGGAAUGUUAGAUAGCAUUCAGUUUGGUUUCUAAGAUGACAACAAAUGUGGUUAAUUGUUUAUAAGGUCCUCUGGCUCUGGUUUUUGUUUUCUAACGGUUUAGGACAUCAGAAUAUUCCUUGAAUGAUGCAUCAUUAUUACCCAUUGAAUUCAACAUGUCAAGAGCAGAUACAAACUCCCUAAGUUUAAGAACAGGAUAUUAUAAUGACUUAGAUGUUUUCAUUAGAUUUAUAGAAAUGCUAUGAAAUUUUCAAAACUGAUUUGAUAGAUCAUCUGUUGUUGGCAGCAUUUAUAUAAAAACCGUGUAUUUGGGAAGGUGUAUUUAGCUUUAUCGUAAGAGAUAAGUCACUAUUUUGGAAAUAUAUAUAUUUUCACACAUGUGGUACUCUUCUCCAUAUCCCUGGACACUCAUGCAGAAUAAGAUAAGGCAUAUUUGUGGUUGACAUAUUCUAGAUAGCCUUUCCAGUUAAGUUUUUUUUAAAAGCAAUCUUGGAAAGGAAUCCAUUAAGUGGGCCAAAGGGUUCUUUUUCUUUGAUGAAAGCUAGGUCCUUCCUCAAAGUUUCUUAUGCUCCAUUAAAUUAAGUGUAGAAUAUUCUCAUUACUCUUGCUGCUAAGCAAGACAUUAGCCAUAUGAUGCAGAGUUAUGCAGUGCCUUCAUACCUAAAACUUUUAUACUGCACUUUUUAAAGCUUUUAUUUUGAGGAAGGGAAAAGGGCAUUUGUCUGAAUAUGGAUUCUAAGUUGUAUAUAUUUCCUGUCAUUCUAAAAAAGUGAAUUUGUGAAGCAAAAUUUUGCUAAAUGUUAAAUUUUGAAAUUUAAUAUACCAGGUGAUUACUGUCCACUAACUAGUUCAUAGACUUAAAAUACAUCCAACUGUUAAAACUAUAUGAAGAAAAUUUCAUUUUUGUCUAAUUGCAAUUAAAUUUAAGAAUAUGUUAAAAUAAUUAAAAUGAAAAUAAAAGUAAAAAUUUCCAACAAAGAGCUCAGUGAUUAAUAUAACAGGAAAAAGAUAUGUGCUUGUUAGAAAUAAAGCAUAUAUAAGCCAAAUAACCAAA